AUGUCUGAAGAAGAAUUAGUAAAUAAGUUCAUUGAUACCAUUUCAAAUGAGCUUCACUAUAAAAAUCAGGAAGAAGUUACCUAAAAUGUUUAUCAAUUAAUCGAUUUAACAUGUAAUAAUUAAUUAUACAAUAGAGAUUCUAUUGGAGAAGAUAAGAAUUAUAAAUAAUGAAAGACAAGAUCAACAAUAAGAAUUAGAAAGCUAAAAUGAUUCUUUAAGAGCAGAAAUAGCUUUCAAUUUACAAUAGCAAAUGUAAAUGCAAGUAUAAUAAUUUAUUUGAUUUAGCGUAUUUAAGAUGAGUUGUUAUAAAAAUAAGACGCUUUAUAUGAAAAACUGUUAAUGUUAGAAGAGGAAUUGAAAUAAUAAUAAAUCAUAAAUGCAAUAUACAAAAACUAAGUAUAAAAUAGUCAAAUUUAUGGUAGUUAGAAUCAAAGCAAACAAAUGGAGAUUAAUAAUAUGUUAUGUAGUUUUAAUUAGAAUUUAAAGAAUUAUAAAUUGAAAACGAAUAUUAAAAGCAUUAAAUAUUGUCUCUCAAAUCAAUAAUUUCAUAAAAUAAAUAGGAUUAUUAAUUAUAAUUAGUGUCAAACUCAUAAUUAAUUUAGCAUUAAGAAGCAAUAAUAAAAAGUAAAAAUAAAUUGUAUUUUAGAUAUGAAGGAUGAAUUAAGUAGUUAAAGAUUGCAAAUAAGAUAAUUAAAAUCAGAAAAUAAAUAAUUUAGUGAUUAAGUAUAUGAGAAAUAAUAAUCAGUAUUAAAAGAAAUAACAAAUUCCCCAUUUCUUUAAAAUGCAAACUCUAUUAACACUAAGCAGAAGUCUUUAAAUGAUUAAAAAGAUUCAAAAAAAAAUUAAUUUUCAUCUUAAAAAAGAUAUUUGCAUGCAGAUGAUCUUUAUGAUGUGAAUUAAUUUACACUUUUAGAGUGCGAAUUACAGGAUACAAACUAUAAUACAACUUUAAAUACUUGCUGUAGAAACAGCUAUAAUUUUAAAAAAGUUUAACUAAAUGAAUAACCAAUGCUUGUGCAAAGAAAUAUCUAUAAAGUACAUUUAAAUUAAAAUAUAUAAUAGGAUUUCUUUAAUUUAACAUCUUAAUGUGUUAAAUUAAAUUUAAAUGAAGAAAAAAUCCUUGAUUCUAAGGUUUCCCAUCUAUUCGAUGAAUAUGUUGAAUAAAAAAUACCAUAUCAUUAAUGGUACAACGAAAUAAAAAAAUAUUUAUUGACUUUAUUAUGA